AUGUCUCGGAUCCUACUGCACUGGUCCUGGUUCCGGUCCUGGUCCCGGCUGGGUCUACGUGGUGCUCAGACCCAGUUCACUCGCAGGUCUAUUCACCACAGACAUGUCUGUAAAGAGUCCAGGUCCAGGUCCAGGUCCAGGUCCAGGCUGUGGCUGUGUGGCCUGGGGGUCGGGGUCACUGUGGCUUUGGCUCUGGGUCUAAAGUCCCGCAGAGACUUAGCGGAAAGUCCCGAUCACGACCGGACCGAUGUGACCGCGUUCAGAGCAGCCGUAGAAGCGAGCCGAGAGCUGCUGGAGCGGCUCCAGGCGGAGGUCGCAGCUCCAGGGCUCGUGGUGGGCGUCUCUGUGGACGGGGUAAAGGUCUGGAGCGAAGGAAUGGGAUAUGCAGACUUGGAGAACCGAGUGCCCUGCACAGCAGACACUGUGAUGCGCAUUGCCAGCAUCAGCAAAUCCCUCACCUCUGCUGCUGCAGCACGACUGUGUGAAGAAGGAAAACUGGAGCUGGAUGCACCGGUGCAGAAAUAUGUCCCAGAGUUUCCCAAGAAACACUUUGAGGGACAGGAAGUGACCAUCACCACACGGAUGCUCCUCUCUCAUUUAAGUGGGAUCCGACACUACGAGAAGGACGCAAACAAAGUGAGAGAGGAGCGUGACAAAGCCAGACGCAAAGCCAAACUAAAAACUGAUGAGGAGGAAAAGAAAGAGCAGAAGAAAUGUGUCCAGAAGAAGAGUGAGUUUGAGCUGGAGGAAUACUACCUCAAAGACCACUUCAGCAGCGUCAUCCAAGCACUGGACCUCUUCAAGGACGACCCACUCAUUUUUAAACCAGGCACCACGUACUUGUACUCCACGCACGCCUUCACGCUGGUCAGUGCAGUUGUGGAGAGAGCCGCUGCAGAGCCCUUCCUAGACCACAUGAGGGCGCUGUUUCGCGAAGUGGGCAUGAUCCACACCGUGCCAGAGCUGAACGAGCCCAUCAUAUAUCACCGCUCCAGGUAUUACCAUCUGAACAAAAAAGGCCGUGUAGUGAACUGCCCAUACGUGGACAACUCCUACAAGUGGGCUGGAGGUGGCUUCCUGUCCACGGCUGGCGAUCUCCUCCUGUUUGGAAACGCUCUCCUCUACAGCUAUCAGAUGUCAAAGAUCAAAGACGCCGAUGGCUUUUUGCCCGGAUUCCUCAAACCACACACGGCUCUGGAACUAUGGACCCCCGUGGACCGCACCGAGGGCAGCUGGGACCAGGACGGAGGCUACGCUCAGGCCUGGUUAGUGGUGGAGAAGCAGCAGAAGUUUGGCCAGUGCAGGGAGCGCAGGCACUAUGUCUCGCACACAGGGGGCGCUGUAGGGGCCAGCAGUGUCCUGUUGGUUUUACCUGCCGAGCAAGAGGAAGAGGGUCAGCAGCCGCCCAGAGGAGUGGUGGUCACGAUCCUCACAAACAUGCAGUCUGUGGGUCUGAACGCAACGGCCCUGGGAAUCGCACAGCACUUUGACCGAGCCAGAAACCGAAAACAAUAA